AUGAUUCGGCUAAAUGUCAGUUAUGUGGAAAAAUUAUUAAGGUUGGCGAAGGGACAUCUAAUACGUUGGCUCAUCUCAAGAGAAGUCAUCCACAGGCAACAGUGCCAGUCAAUCCUGAAAAGCACGCCAUCAAUGACAAUUAGCAAUCUAUCCCGCUCCCAUCAAAUAAUACUGACCAAGAGAGCAUCCACGGAAAACCUUUAUUCAAAGAAGUCGUCUGAUGGAUGGCGCGCUCUGAAAUCAGAACAGAUAGAAAGAAAUCCUAAUACUCAGCCAUUAAAACUAAUCCAAGAUAUUACGACAUGUUGGAACAGUAAAUUUCAUAUGAUGACCAGAAUACUAAAAUUGUCCGAUGAACUGGCACUAGUAUGCCGAAAAGUAAAUCAUUCGCCAGAAUUCUUCAAUUCUUCUGAGGAAAAAAUAGUCAAAGACGUGGUAAAUGUUUUAGGCAUAUUCGAGGACGCAACUAAAUUAGUAAGUGGUGACCAAUAUCCAACGAGUUAUUUAGUGAUUCUCGUGAUUUGCGGGUUAUUUGAAAACCUCAACACCAUCGAAAUAUCACUGGAAACAGAUGUAGGGAAGAUGUUCUGCUCAGCAGUACGGCGUAACAUGAACAGCAGUAAGGACCGGCUUUCGUCAACCUGA